AUGGCAUUCCAUCUGGUUCAUCUUGAGUGUCCAUAUCCUCCUGCAGAGCCUGAUCUUGCAGGGGCCUCAUUCCCUGUGCUAGACCUCCCGAUACCGGUCAGUCAGGCUGUCCCUUCCACUUCUAACUUUACUUGUCCUGCUCAUUCUGGCAGUAUAGUUGGAAAUGCUGGCCUCAGCAACGUUGAUACUCCUGCCACACAAUCAACAAGUCCUCCCAUAGACGAAGCAUUUGCUACGCCUAAUGUGACGGUAGUCAAAACUGGUGGCAUUUCGGCAACCGCUGAUGUAGACACGGAAGAAAGCUUUCCUCCCAUUCACUCGAUGGCUACGGCUAUUCCGGGAAAUAUUACGUCCAUGCCUGCUUUCACAAUUGCUGAGACUGCUAUAGCGACCACCUCACACACACCUGUUACAAUUGGUGCUGUUCAUUUGGAUACUAUAUCCGGCUUUGACACUAUUUCUGGAUCAGCUGGCAAAAGUUUAGCCGGACGACCAAAUAACGGUAAUUUGGCUGUCUUUUUCGAGUUUACGCACUCCCUACAUUUCAUCCAUCGUUUCCACUCCUCUAUUUGCUUCUUAUCCACCUCUUGCUUUGAGUGCUAUUUUCACGACUAA